GGCGCGGCGUUGGUGGGAGGAGAAAUAUGGCGGGAAAACUUGGCGCCAUCUGUUCCCGCCUCAUCUCCCCUCUAUUUAACCACCAUUGCCGCCUCCGCCGCUUCCCCCAAAUCCACUCACCUCCUCCACCGUUCGUCCCCUUCUCGCGCCACCACCGCCUGCCGCCGAGAGCUCUCUCAGCCGUCGCCAUGGCCACCGCUACCAACGGCAACGCCUCCGCCGCCGCCGCCGCCGCUGACUCCGCCGUCCAGGAGCCCCCGCACAAGAUCGCCAAGGUUGCUCCCUUGCUCAAGGUCAAGAAGCUCUCCGAGAACGCCGUCCUGCCGUCCCGCGGCUCCGCCCUCGCCGCCGGCUACGACCUGUCGAGCGCGGCGGAGGUCGUCGUGCCGGCGAGGGGGAAGGCGAUGGUGCCGACGGACCUCAGCAUCGCCAUCCCGGAGGGCACCUACGCGCGCGUCGCGCCGAGGUCUGGGCUGGCGUUGAAGCACUCGAUCGACGUAGGCGCCGGGGUGAUCGACGCCGACUACCGUGGCCCGGUAGGGGUCAUCCUCUUCAACCACUCCGACACCGACUUCGCCGUGAAGCCCGGCGACCGGAUCGCGCAGAUGAUCAUCGAGGUGAUCGUGACGCCGGAGGUCGCCGAGGUGGAGGACCUCGACGCCACCGUCAGGGGAGAGGGAGGGUUCGGAUCCACCGGCGUCUGAAUGAAUGAAGCAUCGUCGUCGUUAGCUCCAGGAAGUUGGGGGAGUUCAUUUGGUCUGUGAUGGAUGGAUGGGUGAUGUCGUGAUGAAACACUUGUAUCCUCUUAAUGCCUCGGAUGCUUUUGUGGUGUCGAAUGGAAUCAUCUAGCCUAAUGAAUCUAAUGAAAUUCGUAUGCUUUUGCGGUGUUGAAUGGAAUAAUCUAGUCUAAUGAAUCUAAUGAAUUGGAAUGGCUGUUUUCUA